CGGCGCCUGCGCAGAAAAGGCGCCGCCUGGGCCGAGAAAAGGGAGAGAGGCCGCGGCCGGCCGCCGGCGAUGCUGCAGCUGCGGGACUCGGAGGAGGGCGCCGGGCCGGCUCUGCUGGUGCCGGCGGCCGAGGCCGACGUGCCCUUCACUCCUCCGGGAGACCUGGAGGGACCGCUGGCGGCGCCCCGGCAGACGCUGCGCCCGCUCACCGUCCGCAACCCCACGCGGGGGGGCCGCCUGAAGGAGUACUUCGUCUUCCGGCCGGGCACCAUUGAGCAGGCGGUCAAUGAGAUCCGGGUGGUUGUGAUGCCCGUGGAGGACGGAGAAGUCCAAAGCGUUUGGCUGCUGACCGAGAUCGACCACUGGAACAACGAGAAGGAACGCCUGGUUCUGAUUACCGACCGUUCCCUUCUGAUCUGUAAAUAUGACUUUAUCAGCCUUCAGUGCCUGCAAGUGACCAGAAUCUCGCUUAAUGCUGUCGAUACCAUUUCCACUGGCCAGUUCGAAUUUCCUCCCAAGUCGCUCAACAAGCGGGAAGGAGUCGGGAUUCGAAUCCAGUGGGACAAACAGAGCCGGGCUUCGUUCAUCAACCGGUGGAACCCAUGGUCCAGCAACGUGCCCUACGCCACCUUUACCGAACAUCCCAUGGCGGACGCCGACGAGAAGAUCGCGUCUCUGUGCCAGUUGGAGAACUUCCAAAUCCAGCUAGUCCAGGCCGUCAAGAAGGCCCACAGGGAGUGUCCUCUGCCGGGACGGGCCAACGGCGUCCUGCUCCUCGAGCGACCGCUCCUGAUCGAAACCUACGUGGGGCUGAUGUCUUUCAUCAACAACGAAGCCAAGCUGGGUUAUUCCAUGACCAGAGGAAAAAUCGGAUUCUGAAAAGCACGCGGAGGUCACCGUCGCACCCCCCUGGAAGAGUAUAGGGGAGAGGAAAACCAAGCCGAUCAAUUUUAUUUUAUUUUUGUUCCUCAGCUCGUCGAAAAACUCGCAGAUCCUUCCCGACGGAUCGAGACGAGAGUCGGCCGUAGAGAGCCGUUAACCAUCAGACUGGAACCACAAUCGCUCUCCGCUCCUUCCGUGUUGUCUCGGAUAAGAUAAUCGUUACGUUUUACCACGCAUGCUCUGGAGUUUGCCCCUCCCCUUUUGUAAACAUUUAACCUGGGUUUCCUUCUUGCGGGUGGCUAAAUUCCCCCCCCCCCCCCCCCCGUGAUUUAAAGGGAUAUCAUGAGUGUUUCGGGCGGCAUUCCGGCGAGCAAGCACACCUUACGAGUCAACAUGGCUGGUUCUAUGGUGUGUCUUGAUGUUUUAGAGAACUUCCCCGCAGUCAAAAGAAAAGUCGCGCGAAGGACCACUUCUCCCCCACGCUGCGAAAUUCUACACAACGGCGCUCGUUUCCUGGGAAUUUCGCACCACGCAGAAUCACAUUUUUCGCCUCGAGCAAGGAGGGGGGAAAAAACGGGAAAUUUUCAAUCAGCUUUCAAUCCAAAACUAGGGUACUCAAAAAAACAAAACAAAAAAAAACCUCUACCAAAGCAAGAACGUGUAGUUUUAGUUCGAACGGUCCAGUUUUCUCUCUCUCUCGGUUUCAAAUCCACCCGGUGCUUAACGUGGGUGAAACCCCAGAGGCGGAAACUCAAAAAAGGUGAAAAUUAAAAUUUUACUGGUUCAUCCCAGCCAAAAAGUCUUCGGAAGAGACUGAUAUAUAUAUAUAUAGGAGGAAAAUGUCUACUGCCACAUGGGGGAACAAUAGUUUUAGAAGCAUGGAAUUUCGAUUUUUCGGUGUUUUCCAGUUUGAUUUUCGCAUUCCUUAAACCGGUGUUUCUCAAAACGGGGGACCUUCUUUAAGACGUCUGGACUUCGACUCCCAGGAUUCCCCAGCCAACACGGCUGACUGAGGAAUCCUGGGAGUCGAAGUCCAGACAGUUUAAACUGGUCCAGCGGAGAAACACUGCCUUAAAAACUAUCCAGAACUGAAAUUCUGCUUCCCGUUCACUGGUCCUCUCGAUACCUCUUUGUCACUCGGCGUUGUCUCCGUUCACAACGGACAAAAGGUUGCUGCUGGGGUGACUCCGAAUAUUUGUCCUUGUUUGUGUUAUAAGUUGUGUAUACCGAAGCUUAAUAAAACUCAAGUCCAUCUGAAUCGCAGAAGCGUUUAACCCACA